AGUAAUUGCUCAACAAAUAAUUUAUUAUAAGAUAUUAAUAGAAAACUAUUGACUAUGUUUAGAGAUGGUGUCACUUGGUAAUUCUAGAGGAUCACGUAGUUCUGGAGGAGCUGCAAAGAGAUUGAGAAGAUUCAUUGGGCGUAACAUUAGCGCUAGUGUGAGAAAUAGGGACCCAAAUGAUAGAGAUGAGCCACAGCCACAGCAACUAGUGACACCGAUGAGUUUGAGGGGAGACGGUUUUCCUCAGUUUGAUUUUCAGAUGCCUAGUAUGGCUGGUAGUGGAGCUGGUCCCAGUCGUGAUCAUGCUUCACCGUUUGAGCCUUCAGACGAGAUUGAUGACGAGUCGGAGGAGUAUGACUCGGAUGGUGUUGAGUAUCACAUUCUACCAGUCAGUCCGAUCAGAGACAGAGGUGCCCCCAGCGGAUCGUCACAUAUCAUUACUGGGGUUCAUGUUGUUAUUGGGAUCUAUAGAGACCAUGUGGGGCGUUUCUAUAGAGCUCCACAACCUGGUAAGGGCCAGAGUGGUACUGCUGAUGUGGGAGAGGCCUGGGAGCCUAGAGGACCGUGUCUUGGAGGGCCGAGCGACCCGAGUUUGCUCCGUAGCUUUUUUGGGCAUGUUGCCCACCGUCUGUACACUAGAGAGGCUGAUAGAAUGGUGAUCACUUGCUAUGACAGGAGUUCGACCCUUCGCCACGUUCUCGACGGUUAUGUGAUAGCAGAUGAUAACACUAGGACUACCGUAGAGACAGCGGGCCUUGCUCACCUCGUUGAUAUCACCUUCCAGAGCGAGCUUGACCCUGCUCUCGUCUCGACAUUUGUGGAGAGGUGGCAGCCGGAUACCAACACCUUCCACAUGCCGUUUGGAGAGACUAUGAUCCUCCUUCACGACGUGGCACACAUUAUUGGGCUUGCGGUUGAGGGAGAGGCGAUGGUAGUGGAUCCGAGGCAGUUGGAGAAGUGGGCACUGGAGACUGACAUCCGAGGCACUGGAAUGUGACGACUCAACCCUGUUUGUGCUCGUAUUUCCUAGAUGAAACACAUUUUUGGUAUGACAAACUGCCCACUUUUCUCGAUGUUGCCACCACACUCCCUGUAUGUAUUGCAACAGACGUGGUUCAAAAUUGCCCCAUCUUGUCCUAAAGCGGCCAAACGCGGCCAACAUAUCUUGCUCGGACCAAGAAUAAAGCAUAUGACACCAAUAUUGAUCGUACGCCUCGUUGACCAAAUCCAUCAUGUCCUUCCCAAAUAUUUCCAAACACUUCUUCUGCACAUUGGUGUUGAUGUGCCAAACACAUAGCAAAUGCGGGGUACGGGGGAAGACCACAAAACCGUAGCAAGUAGUCCACCUUUGUGGUCGGUGACGAUGACAGUGGGCACGCGUGGAUGGAGAAAUUGUUGUAUGCACUCCAACAGCCACAGAUACGACUCUUUUGUCUCAUCCUUCAUGAAAGCACAACAGAUGUUGAAAUUCUUCCCAACUGGAGUAGCACCUACGACCUCCACCCACGGUCAUUUAUAUGCAUUGGUCUUAUACGUUGAGUUGAUCAGAAUCACGUACGGCCAAGCCUCCAACAUCUAGAUGGAAGUUGGAUGAGCAAAAAAAAGAUGUGUAAGCACGUCGUUAUCGUCCUUCAUAACCUCUGUAUGAUAAUUCUCACGUUCAGCUGCUUGCAACGCAUACUGCACUGCAUUAAUCUCGUCUUUCCUAGACUUGAACCCGAGGUUAUACAUCUGCCUUUUGGUGUGAUGCCCUUUCUCACCCUUCUGCUUGUUUAUUGUUUGCUUCUGUUGCGACGGAGGUACCCCAACAUCUCUCAUCUGCUUCAGAGAUUCUUUAUCCUUCUGACUCAAUUUAUUCAUUUGACUGUGGCCCUCGGGAUAAAGCAUCUUCUCAUGAUUGUGAUACCCUCGCCUUAAACCGGUUUCUUGCUCAAUCACUGCUUGUAUCUCCCAGAAUGAAGGUCCAUCAAGAGCAUCUUGAACUUGUAUUGCCACGACUCUCCUUGGAAGGAUCCAGCUUGUAUGACUUCCUCUCCCUACUGCAUUUGUCGCAAUACAUAUAACACAUACCCAAUGCUCUAUUGUUGCGCAACUCACGUGGCUUCAUCGAUCCCUUAGUUACAAAGAAACCAAGAGACAUCGCGAUGUUUUUGGUCACUUUUACAGCAUCUUCGAAAUUGUCAUAUCGGACGCCAUUGAGAAAAUGGUCUGUGUAAUCACCAAUUAGUUCAACAAUGUAAGCCAUGUCCACCUGCAAUUAUGAUUUCACAACUCGUUAGAAAGGUACAAAUUAUAUGAUUCUACAAAAUUAAACUAAAUUGAUUAACUCUACAAAAUAAAAAUAAUUUGACGAUAAUAAAUUUAAUUAAAUAUA